AGCCGAGCUCGUCGGGAGUAGCCUAGUUGCCUCCCAAAGCGACGCUUUAAAAAAAAAGAAGAAAAGAAACGAAGAAGAAGACAGGGGACGACGCGUUCGAGGCCCAAAAACAGCGGUGGGAAAAAUGGACUAUGAUUUCAAAGUGAAGCUGACCGGCGAGCGAGAACGUGUCGAGGACCUGUUUGAGUACGAAGGAUGCAAAGUGGGCAGAGGCACCUAUGGUCAUGUUUUCAAGGCGAAGAGAAAAGAUGGGAAGGACGAUAAGGACUACGCCCUCAAGCAGAUUGAAGGCACCGGCAUCUCCAUGUCAGCCUGCAGAGAGAUUGCACUGCUGCGAGAGCUGAAGCACCCCAACGUCAUCUCGCUGCAGAAGGUUUUUCUGUCACACGCCGACCGGAAAGUGUGGCUGCUCUUCGACUACGCCGAGCACGACCUCUGGCACAUCAUUAAGUUCCACAGAGCGUCCAAGGCCAACAAGAAGCCACUUCAGCUUCCCAGAGGGAUGGUCAAGUCUCUGCUCUACCAGAUCCUGGACGGCAUCCAUUACCUCCACGCAAACUGGGUCCUCCACAGAGACCUUAAACCAGCUAACAUUUUAGUGAUGGGGGAAGGGCCAGAGAGGGGUAGGGUAAAGAUAGCUGACAUGGGUUUUGCCCGUCUCUUCAAUUCACCACUGAAGCCUUUAGCCGAUCUCGACCCGGUGGUCGUCACAUUCUGGUACAGAGCACCUGAAUUGCUGCUGGGGGCCCGGCACUACACCAAAGCCAUCGACAUUUGGGCGAUAGGCUGCAUCUUUGCCGAGCUGCUGACGUCCGAGCCCAUAUUCCACUGUCGCCAGGAGGACAUCAAGACCAGUAACCCUUACCAUCAUGACCAGCUGGACCGCAUCUUCAAUGUCAUGGGCUUCCCAGCUGAUAAAGACUGGGAGGACAUCAAAAAGAUGCCCGAGCACUCCACGCUGAUGAAAGAUUUUAGGAGGAACACGUACACAAACUGCAGCCUUAUAAAGUACAUGGAGAAACACAAAGUCAAGCCAGACAGCAAAGCGUUCCAUUUGCUGCAAAAGCUACUGACCAUGGACCCCAUCCGCAGAAUCACAUCGGAGCAGGCCAUGCAGGACCCCUACUUUUUGGAGGAGCCGCUGCCCACGUCUGAUGUGUUUGCAGGCUGUCAAAUUCCUUACCCUAAAAGGGAAUUUCUGACAGAGGAGGAGCCAGACGACAAGGCAGACAAAAAAAACCAGCAGCAGCAACAGGGAAACAACCACACGAACGGGGCGGGGCACACCGGCAACCCCGACAACAGCCACGCCCAGGGCCCGCCUCUGAAGAAAGUGCGCGUGGUCCCGCCCACCACUACCUCAGGUGGCCUCAUCAUGACCUCAGACUACCAGCGCUCCAAUCCACAUGCUGCCUACCAGAACCCUGGACCAAGCACAUCACUGCCCCAAAGCAGCAUGGGAUACUCCUCUACCUCCCAACAGCCUCCGCAGUACUCCCACCAGACCCACCGCUACUGACCGCACCCACACGUUGCCACACAAAUGCCCACACAUCCACACACACAUGCCCCCCCCCCCUGCCCACGUCACCCUCAUUACGCCUGCCUGAAAGAAUGUACUGAGGGACGUGGGGCACCCUCUCUGCUGCAGUUCCCCCACCCCCCUUGUGAAGAUAUACAAACAAACAGCAUAGCGCAAGUGUUAGCCACACUGCUACUUAGCAAAAAUCCAACGAGUGAUAAACGCAGGGAUGGAUGGCGAUGAGUCCACAACCCCACCCUCUUUUUCACGUGUCCCUCCGCCUACGUGCCCAACCCAGCCAGUCGCUCCGUCACUGUCGAAGCUCGGGACGAGACUGAAAAGCUGCUAUUUGACUGCCAGUGUCGACAGAUUCCACGUCCGUCUGUCCUCCUGUGUGUCUCGUCUUUUUCCUCGUGUGGCCACCCUACCCAGCUGAGAACUGAACUGAGGUGCUGGGAGGACGGCGCAGCCCACACAACUGUGGUGGUUUUUUUUGUGUUGUUCAGAAAGGACAAAGAAAAAGUGACAAUGAUUUUAGUAGUUUUUAAUUUAAUUCGUUUUUAAUUAUGGCAAAGCAGCUUGACCAGCCCUACACUUGCAGUGGAUAUAAAAAGUCUACACACCCCUAUUCCAAUGCCACCUUUUUGUGAUAUUAAAAAUGGAGACCAUGAUAUCUAUCAAACCUUUUUCCACCACUGAUGACCUAUAACCUGUACAACUGGAUUUAAAAUGUAUAUAUUUUCAAGAGGGGAAGUUAAACUAAAUAGCUGAAAUAAUGUGGUUGCACAAGUGUGCACAACUGCCAUAUAACUUGGGAUGUGGCUGUCUUCAGAAUGAACCAAUCAGAUUCAAACUCAAUAAAUGGGAUUAAGCACACACCGGUCACCAUUUCAAGUGCCCCUGAUUAAACACAAAUAAAGUUCAGAUAUUUUAGUAUUAUUUUUCUGACGUUUUUUUUUUUGGCUUUCUCGAAGCAGCCUGGAGAUUUUGUAUGAAUACUGACUUAUUUCAAACUGUUCACAAAUCCCUCCACCUUAACUAAGGCACUAGUUCCAGUUGAAGAAAAGCAGCACCGAAGCAUGAUGAUGCCACCACCAUGCUGUUCUGUGAUGUGAAGUGUGUUUGCGCUAAACAUAUCUCUUGGAAUUACGGACAAAAAAGUAACUUUGGUUUUAUCGGACGGUUGCAUUUUCCCACUUGCAAACUGUAGCCUCUUCUCUAAGAUAAGGCUCUGUCUUGCCACCCUAUCUCAUAGCUCAGACAUAUGAAGAUUAUGGGAGAUUGUUGUCGCACGGACUAAACAACCAGUACUUGCUAGACAUUUGUUUAGCUCCUUAAGUUGCUGUUGGCCACAUGGCAGUUUUCUCAUUUUUGUUAUUACCUUUGUAAGUGUAUCCAGUUCUUGGUAAUGGCACUGUUGUGCCACAUUUUCUCCAGUUGAGGACUGUGUUUCAUGGUAUAUUUAAUGCCUUGGAAAUUCUUUUGUGCCCUUCUGACAUUGAUACCUUUGAACAAUGUAAAGAAAAAAUGUAAGAAAAAGCCUACUGGAACUUAAAUGUAUUUUGGGUUGAUCAGAGGCACUUUAAAUGGGGGCAGUGUGUGCUAACUUCCAUUUAACAUGAGUUUGAAUGUGAUUGUUUAAUUCUGAGCACAGCUCCUUCCCCAGUUAUUAGAUGGUGUGCACACUUGUUCAACCAAAUUAUCUCAGUACUUUCGCUCUCAAAAAGGUGUUUUCUUUUUUUCAAUUAUGUUCUAUGGGAUACAGGUCAAAUUAAUGGUGGAAACUGUUUGACAUUAUUUACUUAGUAUCAUUUUUUUAUAUUACAAAAACCUGGCAUUUGAACAGGGGUCUGUAGACUAUACAUCCACUGUACUUAGGCCGUGGGCCUUAACAAAUCCAACCAAUCGCAAGGAGGAAGGCAGAUGGAAUUGCAUUGUACUGUAUUGUAUUGAAAUAUUUUACAUGAAGCAAGUAUCCUGACAAUAAAAAUGGAAGCGGUCCUA